GACUAUUUUUAACUUCAAUUUUAGAGAACAACAAUCCACGACACAAGCAGGAUGGUUCUGUUAGAAAACGACACGUUUCUGACGGAACUUACUAAGUUAUUUCAGAAGGGAAGGACUUCAGGGUCAAUAUCUUUAACAAUGAAGAGGUAUGAUGGAAGAACUAAGCCAGAACCCAGAAAAGGCAGUCUUCCUGAGCCUCAUGAAUAUAAAUGUUUACUAAGGGCCACAUUAGGCAACAAAAAACUUAGCACCGUGAUAAACCAAAAAGAUGUUAACAAAUUUCAGUUGGCUUAUGCAAAUCUCUUAAAAGGGAACAUGGAUGGAUUGAAGAAAAAGGACAAAAAGGCAGCUGCUGCCAAAUCAAAAUCCAAGGCUACGCAAUGAAAAUGCAUUUCAUACCGACCUCUAGGCACUUUUGUCACAUCACUCUUUCAAUGUUGUACAUCACCUGAACUUAUCAUUUUGUGUUAUGCCAUAUUUAGUUAUUUUGAUGUAUAUAAUAAUACAAGUGGUCCAUGUUUUAGUGAAAAUCUGGUGCUUGUAAAGCUGGUGUCAGGCCACAUAUAAAUUACUGAAUAUUUGGAGCACCUUUUAGGGUCAAGUAUGUGUUUAUACGAUUACAAGAUAUUUGAUGAUCUAGUACAGUGGUUAUUGCAUGUAUAUGUACACAGCUGUUUAUGUACUGUUCACCACAUAUAUAUAGAAUUGUUUAAAAAUCAGAUGGUAAAUAUAUGUAUUAUUGCUUAGGAGUUGAAAACAAGCAUUUUGUAUCAUUUUUAUUAUUGUGUUCAAAUAAAUAUGGAGAUUUGUAAUAAAUAACCCAGAAGUAAUACACUGGUUAAAGUUACAUUUUCUAAUAUUUUUGAAUAAAAACUUUUCAGAAAAGCA